ACGAAAACAAACACACACAAAGCAACAGCAGACCACGUGGGUGCAGUUGUCAGCUGACUUGUUGCUUGCUUGUGUUGAGGAGUUUGCUUGCGAUCGCUUCUUGGAUUGAGGCAGGCAGUUGAGGGGGAAGCAUGGAGAUGCAAGGGCAGAAGCAGCAGCCCAAGGGCAGGUGCACGCGGUUCAGCGAGCUGGCGUUGGCUGAGCGUUUGCAGAAGUGCAUCGCAACGCGCCUCAAGCUGGAGGAGAUGACCAAGCCGCAGCAGCUGGCGAUCCCACUCAUGCUCAAAGGCGAGGAUGUCAUGCUGCGGUCAGCCACAGGUACGGGCAAGACCCUGGCCUACGCGGUGCCCAUCAUCAACGACUUGCAGAACCUCAAGUUCCGCGUCAAGCGCUCAGAUGGGCCCCUGGCAGUUGUGCUGUGCCCAACGCGUGAGUUGGCCAAGCAGAGCUUCGAGGUCAUCAAACAACUGCUUUCGUCCUCGGUGUGGAUCGUGCCUGGUCUCCUCACUGGUGGCGAGAAGAAGAAGUCGCAGAAGGCCAGCAUUCGCAAGGGCAUCAACGUCCUCAUCGCCACCCCUGGUCGCCUUCUCGACCACAUUGAGAGCACGCAAUCGCUACAGCUCAAGAGCAUUCGCUGGCUCGUUCUCGACGAGGCCGAUCGGCUGAUGGAUGAAGGGUUUGAGAAGAGCGUGACCAAGAUUGUCAAAGCCAUGGACGAUGCCCGCAGCAAGACCAACAAGUCAAAGCGCAGGAUCAACGCCUUGGUCUCCGCCACACUCACGGACAGCGUGAAGCGCUUGGCAAAGAUGAUUCUGUCGCAGCCGAUGUUCGUGGAUGCGCACGCGGAGACAACACGGCGGCUCAAGAUCGCCAAGAAGACCCUGCACAAGAGCACAGACAGCAGCACUGGUGGUGAUGAUGGCGCGAGCAGUGGUGGCAGUGGUGGUGCAGGGAAGGGAGGAGAGGGGGACCAGUCGACGAACGCAGCCGGUAGUGGCGAACACGACGACGCGUCACAGACACGUGACCGUGACGACAGCAUCGGCGCCAACGGUGGUGACGAUGGUGACGAUGGUGAUGGUGAUGAUGACGAUGGCACAAUGAGCAGCGCCAAACGCCGGGCGGCGAGAAGAGGAGAGGCACUGAAGGAUGCGAAGACAUGGGUCAUCCCAGAGAAGCUCAAGCAGCAGGUGGCCAUCGUCCCAUGCAAGCAACGCCUCAUGUGUGUAGCGUCGCUGCUCAAGGCAACAUGCGGCUCUGGUGCACCGAAGAGCGACAAGGUGAUUGUGUUUGUGUCGUGUCGUGACGAGGUGUCGUACUACGAGAAGCUGCUCCAGCCGUACAUUCACAAGGACGCGCGCAUCGAUGACGAUGACGACAACGACCGCGGAGAUGGAGAGGAGAAGAAGCGAAGAGCAAAGGAAAAGAAGGAGAGAGACAACAAGAAAGCGAAGCUUGCACAGAGGACACAAGGCGGCGCAGACGACGGUGGCAGCCGCAAGAGCAAGGCAACGGACGCAGCAUCAACAUCAUCGUCAUCAGCAUCAUCGUCUGGUAGCGGGAAGAGCGCAAAGGCCGUCGCGUUCGUAUCAGCGAAACGCAGAAAAGACAAGCUGCCUGCAGGCACGAGCACCGCUGUCGAUGACGCCGAAGGUGACGGCGGCGACGGGCAGUUUGUUGGGUUCAAGUUUGGGUUUGGUGGUAGUGCCGGCGAUUCGAACGCUGGGCGUGGAGACAGCCACAGCAGCGGUGGUGAUGGCGCUGGGGAAGUCAAGGAUGCUGCGAUGGGCAGCGACGAGGAGGGAGAUAUGGGGGCCAGCCGCCACAACGGCGACAAUGAUGACGACAAUGAUGACGACAAUGAUGACGACAAUGAUGACGAUGACAGCGGUGAUGAGCAGGAGGAUGGUGGCCAAAACCGUGUUGCCACGUACCUGCAGGGUCUGCGCGUGUUCUUCCUUCACGGCGGAAUGCGACACAAGGAGCGCGUCAAGGCGUAUUCAAAGUUCGCCAAGGCACCCAAUGCCGCCCUCAUUUGCACAGACGUUGCUGCACGUGGUCUUGAUCUUCCAAACGUGACGUGGGUGAUACAGCUGAGUGCGCCUGCUUCGAUUGAGGACUACGUGCACCGCAUCGGCCGCACAGCUCGGUCUGGACGCGGUGGUACGUCGUUGCUGUUUCUUCUGCCAUCGGAACAGGAAUUCGUGUCCGAUGUUCUUCAGGAAAAGGGCCUCAAUCCAACACCUGUUGAGGCGUCGUCCUUGCUUGAGCGCAUGCCGCUGCACCGCGGCGCCCGCGACCACCGCGACCUCGCAAUCAGGCUUCAAAUUCACUUUGAGAAUCGCGUGUCGCACAAUCCGGAUGUUUCUGCCGCUGCGCGCCGCGCCUACUCAUCUUUCAUCAGGUCCUACGCCACAUAUCCGUCUGCGUUGAAGCACAUCUUCCACAUCUCGGCCCUCCACUUUGGCCACGUUGCAAAGUCGUUUGCUCUGCAGCAGGCGCCCUCGCAGAUUGCCGUGCUGAACCAGCGGCGCAUGACGCAGCGGCAGCAGGUGAAGCGGCGACGGGAGAUGAAGAAGACGGCAGCGCAGCAGAUGAAGAGGGGCGCACGCAAGGUCUUCGAGCGCGCAAUCGCCAGCGAGUUUGGGGGCGGUGUCAUUGACAGCAAGCGCGCAAAGACCUUCAAGAAGAGCAAGAGGAAAUAGGACACGCGUUUGUGUGCGUGCGUGUGUGUAUCUGUGCUUGUGGCGUGUGUGCGUGUGCGUGUGGGGGUGCGUGUGUAGUGGUGUUUGUGUCGCAUCAUGCCCAAUCACCCCCUCUCUUUGCACAAACGUGUCGCUGCUGGUUGUAUGGUGUGUUGUAUUGAGGAUGGUGUGGCUUGGGUGUGUGUAUGUUGUUUGUUGGGCGAAACAAGAAAAACGCACCCAGG